AGUAGUUUUGCCAUUUGGCGGGUUGUGUGGUGAAGACGUGUAGAAAUGGCGGCUGUGAACGACAUGGAGAAGAAGCUCGCAGAGUAUAAAUGUGACACCAACGAAGCUGUUUGUCUAAAAUUAGUGCGGUUCCCAGAGGAUAUAGAUGAUGAAAGCACAACAUUUCACCCCGAGUUUAGUCAUCAGCUGUUUGGAGAUGAUGAAGUGGCAUUUGGCUACAAAGGUCUUCAGAUCCAGUUAUACUGCAGCGCUGGGAACCUGAGCACUCUCUUUAAAGUCAAAUACACUGCCAGGGUCACAGACAAGUUCGAAUGUGUGGAGCCGGAUGAUGUGGAGGGGAAGGUAAGAGAGAUCAUCCCUGCUGGCUUCUACUGUAACACAGAUGAUUUCAUCUCUGUCCUGGAGAAAGAGGCCAACUUCAAACCCUUCGGCAGCAUACAACACACCUAUAAAGUUCACAACGUGGAGGCUGGAGAGGAUCUGACGUAUCAGAUACACAAGGUGGAUAUCUCAUGUCCGGGGUUCAGAGAAUACCACGAGCGCUUGCAGACGUUUCUCAUGUGGUUCAUUGAGACGGCCAGUUACAUCGAAGUGGACGACGACCGCUGGGAUUUCUUCCUUUUAUUCGAGAAGUACAAUAAGGAUGGAGAGACCCUCUACGCGACGGUUGGCUACAUGACAGUGUAUAAUUACUACGUAUACCCAGACAAAACCAGACCACGUGUCAGCCAGAUGCUGAUCUUGCCGCCAUUCCAGGGAGAAGGCCACGGGGCUCAGCUCCUCGAGACUGUCCACAAAUACUACUGCAGUUCCCCUAAAGUUCAGGACAUCACAGCGGAAGAUCCAUCAGAAAACUAUGUGAAGCUGAGAGACUUUGUUUUAGUGAAGCUGUGUUUGAGUCUACAGUCCUUCUCCAGUGAGAAACUCUCGCAAGGUUUCAGUGACGAGAUGGUGUCUGAAGCCAGAGAGAAACUUAAAAUCAACAAGAAACAUGCGCGACGUGUUUACGAAAUCCUGCGUCUCAGAAACACAGACAUGAGCAACGAAGAGAAGGCCAGAGAGUUUCGCCUGGAGGUGAAGAAAAGACUCUACGGACCCUACAGGAAGAACCAACGUGAGCUGACCAAAAUGCAGAAAUGUUUGAGGCCCGAGGAGUUGGCGUCCCAGGUCAACCAGAUGGACACGAGACUGCAACACGAGGAGCUAGAGAAGAGCUACCAGGAUGUGCUGGUGGAUUAUCGCAGAGUCCUGGAGCGACUGGCUCAGGCGUAAACAAACAAACAAAUAUACUGAGAGAGUCCUGCAGAGACUGGCCGCGACAUCAACACAAACACAGCUCUGUGUUGACAUUCUGUUCUGUUUUCACACUGUAUUAAUACGAUACAGCUGCAUUUGUUUUGGGUGACCGUUCAUUUAAUCUGACACGAUUAUCGGUCUACCAUGGAGCUAAACGGAAGAUUUUUGGAGCUGUUGUAUUAUUAUUUCUUCAACCUAAUGUUUUUCAUAAAAUGUAAAAAUGUAGAUUUUGAAGCACUUCCUUUGAGGAAAAAUAAACGUUUUGUAUAUUG